GAUGGGCUGUGGCUGAAGACCUAUAUAAGCAUGGUUUGGAUUCUUGACACAGUUCACCAGGCCUUUCUUCUGCAUGUAUUGUACAUGUAUUUUGUAAAGGACCCUGGAGAACUUACACCCCCCCAACUUCUUGUUGAUGACUCGAUCAUUUGCACUGUUAUUGACGCAAUGGUACAGAUCAUUUUUGUUGUUCGAGCUUGGCAUUUGAGCAAUAAGAAUCGGCUACUGACUGCUGGACUUGUCGUCACAGUUAUAGCCCAGUUUACAGCAGUCACAGUCUACUUUGCGAGAGCACGCCGCCUCUCCAACUUUUUUGGGCUUUCUGGACUCAUCAAUUUCGAACGGGCAAUGAAUAUUACGAUUGCUGUCACAGAUAUAUUUAUUACGACAACAAUAAUUGUACUGUUGAAGAAGCUGCGGUCAGAAUUCAGGAGAACAAACUCGAUGGUUGACAGACUUGUCGCAUAUACGAUGAGCACAGGGCUAGUAACAGCCUUAUGUGCGGUAGGGGGUUUAAUCAGUGGUGAAGUUUCUAGAGGAUCUCUCGUAUAUGUCUUUUUCGACGGUCUUUUCCCGAAAUGUGAGCAGCAUAUAUAA